UGUCAAAUCAAAUUUUCAAUUUGUCAAUUUUGUUUUUGGGUACAAAUAAACACAGUUGAACUCUGAAGUUUAAAAAGUAACCCUAAAUUAAAUAAUAUUUAAUUAAUUACCAUAUACAAUGUCGUUAACGCUUCUUCUAGAGAAGUAUGAUGUAUCUACAGAAGAUGGUCUACAAAAGGCUCUCAGUGAAAUCGAAAAGGAAGAGUGUGAGGUAAAUGAAUCACUCUCCAAUGCUCUAUCCAGAGCUUGCACACUGGAGGGCAGGCUGAGAACUGCCAGCCAGGCCUACUGUAAACUGGGCGAGGUGAGGAACGAUGCACAAGUAGCUGCUGAUAUGGUGGAGAAGACUGCAUUGCUGGCACGGGAUGUCAGCGCAAAGGUGCGGCAGUUGGACUUAGCCCGAUCUCGUGUGGCAGAGUGUCAGCGCAGGGUGCAUGAUCUGAUAGACCUCAGGGUGUGCAGUGCUGGCGUGGAUGCGGCCAUCAGAGCUCAUGACUAUGAAACUGCGGCAGGUCACGUGGCGCGCUUCCUCAGCAUGGAGCCCGGCUCGGUGGCGGCGGCGCGCGCGCGCGGGGCGCCCGACCCGCGCCGGGACAUGGACGCCGCGGCCAACACGCUCCGAGACCAUUUAGUGCGCAAGUUCGAGGAGGCCUCUAAAAAGGAAGAUGAAGCAGCCAUUGAGAGGCUGUUUAAACUGUUUCCUCAGAUCGGACGCGCUGAGGAGGGAGUUGAUUUACUUUCCAAAUAUCUUGCUUCUCAGCUGGAAGUGUCUAUCCGGCGCGCCGCCACAGUGUCGGAGCUGCGCGGCGACGCCGCCGUGUUCGCGGACUCGCUCACUCGCGUACUGGAGUGUGGCGCGGCCGCCGUCGAGCGCGCGCGCCGUCUGCUGGCGUCCGCCGCCGCGCCGCCCGCACAGUCUGCGCACGUGCUGCUGCCGCGAGCCGUUGCCGUCAUACAGCCCACCAUCUGCGCGGGCGUGCGGCGCGUGUGCCAGGAGAUGAUGGCGGCGCGCAAACUGGUGCUGACGGACAAGGCGGACCCGCUGAGCGUGGAGCACGCGCUGGGCGAGCUGGCGCUGGCGCACUCGCGCCUGCAGCUCUACUUCGGCUUCCUGCGACGGCGCGCAGAGGUGGAGUCUAACAUGGAUGAGGCUGCCAAGAGCGCGUGCUCGGAGGCCAUCGAGAACCUCAUCCUGGGCUGCGACGCGACGCGCACGGCGCAGGACGUGCUGAGCCACUACCUCACGCUCGAACGCUAUUACCUGGAGGAGAGCGUGAACAAGGCGCUGAAGCUGUCGGCCGCCGCCGGCAGCUGCAGCCUGGUGGACGACGUGUUCUUCAUCGCCAGGAAGGUCAUCAGACGCAGCAUCUCGACGGGCAGCGUGGACGGCGCGUGCGCGGUGCUGAACGAGGCGGGCGCGGCGCUGGAGCGCUGCGGGGCCGCGCUGCGCCGCCGCCUGGCCGCGCCGCCGCCCGAGCCGCUGCCCUUCCCGCCGCCGGGCGCGCGCCCGCCGGCCGCGCGCGAGCCCGGCGCGGCGCCCUACCUGCAGCUGGUGGGCGAGGCGGCGGCCGGCGCCGAGUGGGCGGAGCGGCUGGCGGGCGAGGCGUGCCGCGACGCGGAGGCGCUGUGCCGCUCGGAGCGCGCGCGCGCCAAGCUGCGCUCGUGCGCCGCGGGGCUGGGCGCGGCGGCGGCGGCCUUCCGCGCGGCGCACGAGCUGGCGCUGGGCGCGCUGCGGGCCGCGCUGGCGCCCAGCGCGCACCAGUGGGCCGACGCGCUCGUCGACCCCGACCCGGACUCCGAAGAGCUGGACGAGGAGGCGAACGCGCUGCCGGCGGCACUGGAGGCGCUGGCGGAGGAGGCGCGCGCCGCCGUGCCGCACAGCGCCGACGCGCUGCUGGGCGGCGUGCUGGCCGAGCUGCUGGCGCGCGCCGAGCGCACCAUGCUGCGCAGCGCGUACUCGCGCGCCGGCGGGCUGGCGCUGGAGCGGCGCGCGCGGCGGCUGGCGGCGUGGGCGGGCGGCGGUGCGCCGGCGGCGCGCGAGCGGGCGGGCGCGCUGUGCGCCGCCGCCGCGCUGCUGGCCGUGGAGCGCCUGGCGCACGCGCCCGACGCGCUGCCGCCGCGCGCGCCGCUGUCGCCGGCCGCCGCGCGCGACGUGCUGGCGCGCAGGACGGACUUCAAAUUGGAAGACAUAAAGCGCCUAAAACUGUGAAUGAAGCGAACGAAGCAUUUGAUUUUAAUAAGAAUGUAUAUCUGUAAAAUCUGCUUAAAAAUAAAUAUAAAUAUUAUUAACCUA